AUGGAGAUAACAAAUGCUUUUAAAAAGUUGUUUCGACAAAAAUUUGCAUAUAUAGAACGUAAUUCGAUUUUUGACACACGACAAAAGAAAGAUGAGGAACCAAACAGAAAGAAAGGAAGAUUUUUUAAUAAUAAAUUAUUAACAUUAUGUGAAGAAAUAAAUGAUAUAGAUAAUUUUCAAAAAAAAAAAUAUGGUGAUAUUGAUAAUAUUAAUGAUAUAGAAAAAAAUAAACAAAAUGACGAUGAUAAAAAUUCAAAGGAUCCAAAUUUAUUACCAUUUGCAAAUACAUUUGAUGCCCCUAAUGCUUUAUUAUUUGAAAAUUUAAAUAAAGAAUAUAAAUAUAUAACUACUCAAGAUAAUUUUGAUGGAUUUAGAUUUGAGGUUGAUAAAAAUGUUAAUAAAUAUUUACAAUCAACCCAUACCUUAUUUUUAGGUACAUCCUUAAGGGAUGUCGGAUAUUUAUAUCAAUUUGGAGCAAAUUUUGCAAGUAGUGAUAAUACUUUAUUAAUGAUUAGUAGAGUUAAUUUGGAUGGUAGUGUUAAUGGACGAUUUUGUAAAAAAAUAAAUAAUUUUUUCGAUUGUAAAUUUAAUUUUAAUACAUAUAAUAAAAAUGAUCCAAGGAAUAUGUAUGAAAUGUCAUUAGAAGUAAAUAACCCACAAAAUACUUAUAAUUUUAAAACAAUUUGGCAAGGGGCUUGGAUAUUUAAUGCUUCAUAUACACAAUUAAUAACAAAAAGAUUACAAGCAGGUGUCGAUUUGACAUAUAUAGGAUCCAAUUGUGCAUCCAUUGGAUCUUUUGGCUUACGAUAUAAUCAUAAUAAUCAUGUCUUAACUAUGCAAUGUGUUAGACAGCCAAAUUUUAAAUCACCAGAAUUUAUGUUAAAUCAGGCACACUCAUAUAAAAUGCAAUAUGCUAGAAAAAUAUCUGAUCGUUUAUCGGUGGGAACAGAACUUGAACUUACUCCAGAAACUAAAGAAUCAGCAAUGAGACUAGGUUGGGAUUAUUCAUUUAGACAUGCAAAGGUGCAAGGGUCAAUUGAUACUAGUGGGAAAAUUGCUGUUUUUACUCAAGACUAUUCAGGAUUUGGAGUUAGUGGAUACAUUGAUUAUUUAAAUAAUGAAUAUAAAUUUGGUUUUAUGAUGCACAUUGCUCCAUCACAAGAACAGCCACAACCACAAUAA